AUGGUCCCUGUGGGCCUUCUACUGGUGGGACCAGGGAAGGCUGAUACCAAGCAAGCCCUUGAUUGUGGCUGUGGGAUUGGCCGUGUGUCAAAAGGGGUCCUGUUUCCUGUAUUUGAAACCAUAGAGCUGCUGGAUAUGAUGGAGGACUUCAUUCUCCAUGCCCAUGAGUGUUACUUGGGGGACUACGCUGACUGUGUGGAGACCUACUUCCUCGACAGCCUGCAGGAUUUCAAACCUCCACUUGAUAGAUAUGAUGUCAUUUGGAUGCAGUGGGUAGCUGGUUGCCACUUGCAAAAAAAGGUGUCAGUAGAACCCCUCAGUCAAAGGACUAAAAGCCUAAGACCUAAAGGUGUCAUCAUGGCACAACAUGGCACGGCACCAUUGGACAACAUGGCACGACAGGGCUGCAGACUGGACCCUGUAGACAGCAGCCUCAUCCGUCAUCUGGACAUCAUGAAGAGCAUUAUCCUGAAGCCUGGCCUCACCAUCCUGGACAUACAGAAGCAGGAGUUUUUCCCUGACAUUAUUGUGCCCGUGAGGCUGAUUGCCAUGCAGUGA